AUGGCUGCUCACGACGGCGACGGAUUCUCAGGCGCUGCUAUGGAAGAUCUUAUGGGUCAAGUAGAGAAACGGCCGAUUUCUACCAUCGUCUUCAUCGUCGCUAUGCAAAAGGAAGCUCAGCCUCUGAUCAACAGACUCCGGCUUGUUAAAGACGUUAAUCCUCCGUUUCCAAAAGAGGUGACUUGGAUUCUGUUCAAUGGAAUGUAUAAAGACUUGAACAUCAAUAUAGUGUGUCCAGGAAAAGAUUCAACUCUUGGGGUUGAGAGUGUAUGCACGGUUCCUGCAUCUCUCGUCACUUAUGCUUCCAUUCAAGCAAUUCAGCCAGACCUAAUCAUUAAUGUUGGAACCGCUGGUGGCUUUAAGGCCAAAGGAGCAGGUAUUGGCGAUGUUUAUGUCGUCUCAAGUGUUGCUUUCCAUGACAGAAGAAUACCAGUUCCUGUUCUUGAUCUGUAUGGUGUUGGUAUGCGGAAAUCCUUCCCUACACCCAACCUUAUAAAGGAGCUGAAAUUGAAGGUAGGACGGUUAUCAACUGGUGACUCUAUGGAUAUGUCUCCACAUGACAAAGAAUCAAUCACAGCAAAUGAUGCUACAGUUAAAGACAUGGAGGGAGCAGCAGUGGCCUACGUGGCUGAUAUUUUUAAGGUUCCUACGAUAAUUAUAAAAGGAGUAACUGAUAUUGUGGAUGGAGGUAGACCAACUUCAGAGGAAUUUUUGGAGAAUUUAGCUGAAGUCACUGCCAAUCUUGAUGAGUCAGUUACCAAAGUGAUCGACUUCAUCAGUGGGAAGUGUCUCUCAGACCUCUGA